AUGGCUAUGGAGUUAGAGCUUGAUGAUGAUGUCUUCUUUGCAGACAUAAGUAAACAGAUCUCUCUUCUCAUCAUGGAUGAAGAUGAACAGUUCAACCCUGUUUCUCUCUCUUCCUCCUCCCCUCUCGCGUUCCAGGGUAUGUUCAGGGGAGGCUACCAAACGGCUCCAUAUAUGUAUCAGCAAGAACAGAGCAAAGGGACUGGUGUUUUCAUCCCUAAAUCUUCUCAGACCAGAAGGAGACCUCAUCAUCCGAAGCAAGGCAGGGUUAGUUCCUUCAACGCCAAGCAACAACGCUCUCUUCACCAAAACAGACAACAGUAUCAGCAGAAUCAUGACAGCUUAAGAAGUACCCUCACCACUCACAACAACAACAACAACAAGAGCAGCAUGAUCACUAGUAAUCAUGUUCAUGCUUCUGUCCCAAGAAGAACCUACAGAGAUGCAGCAUCUAUCUACAGUUGAUUAAUUUAACAAAUAUUCUGCAAGAUUCAUGGCAUUUGGUGUGACUGAUUCAUAUAAUCAUAUAAUAUUUUAUAGAUGCUUAAGAUUUAUUUGUUUGUAAAUCAGGAAGAAUAAUGAUUCCAUAAGGAAGGAAGGUCUUGGAGAUUUGUUCCAAGCUUGUUCUUGCUUUUUUUUUAAUGUAACUCUUUAUUGGUCAUUUUAGAGAUGAUGAUAUUUCACUGACUUCUCUAUUUGUAAAAUAUGUUUUCAAGGAUUAAUAAAAAUCAAGUUGCAA